UCAUGAUUCAGAUUGCAAGGGAGAUUCGGCUGAGAGAUAUUGGCGGUAUCAUUGUGGUAGAUUUCAUUGACAUGGCAGAUGAAUCAAAUAAGAGACUCGUUUAUGAAGAGGUUAAGAAAGCAGUGGAGAGAGAUAGGUCACUAGUAAAAGUAUCAGAGCUGUCUAGGCACGGACUUAUGGAAAUAACAAGAAAAAGGGUUCGACCAAGUGUAACAUUCAUGAUCAGUGAACCGUGUUCUUGCUGUCACGCAACUGGUAGAGUGGAGGCACUGGAGACUUCCUAUUCAAAGAUUGAGCAAGAGAUUUGUCGGCAGCUCGCAAAGAUGGAGAAAAGAGGAGACCUAGAGAACCCCAAGUCAUGGCCAAGGUUCAUAUUGCGGGUUGACAGUCAUAUGUCAAGCUUCUUGACUACGGGGAAGAGGACGCGGCUUGCCAUCCUCAGUAGUUCCCUGAAAGUAUGGAUUCUCUUAAAGGUUGCCAGACAUUUCACCAGAGGAACCUUUGAGGUUAAACCGUUCAUGGAUGAGAAGACGGUGAAUGAAAGACAGCAUCAAGUUGCCAUUUCACUGCUGAAGAAAGCUGACGCCAUAGCAGACUCUGGCAAGAAGAAGCUCACCCUUUUUCCAAUUAAGAAGGAGAAGACCAGUGGUAAACAAAGACGAUGAAACAUUUUUUCUUAAUUUCGCCUCACUUUUGUUAGUUGUCUCAAGUAAUAUUCUUCACUGUACCAAAACAAUUUUUUGUGUAUCAAUAGUAUCAUCUUCUUCUCAGUUUUUGCAUUUCAAAAUAGAACCAAACUAGAAAUGCCAGAAGGGCAAAUAUUAGUCUAAAAGUCACGAGAGACGAAACAACAGUAAUA